AUGAGUGCAUUGGACGAAGAAAUCGAAGAAGAGGCUGGUCCCGUAGUGGCAUUGGCUGAGAUCGUUCAGAUGAAAACUCCAAUCACCUGCAAAGCAAUAGUAAAGCCAGGAAAGGAGCAGCGAAGCAUUGCUGCCCCAAUUGGAGGAUUCAUUCCAUACAAACAGAAGCAUAAAUCGUACUCUUUCGAUUUGUCAAAAGCUGAAAACAUCUUUGACGAAUUGCUACGAGGAAAGGCAAUCAAACUCGACGAGAAGCACGUGUUUCCUAAGCCGGAAUAG